AUGGACAUAUACAAUACAUCAGUGCUCCAGGGAGUCUUCCCUGAUCAGCUAAAACGUUCUAUCGUCCUUCCCAUUCCAAAAGUGUCACCACCUCAGACUAUUGAGGACGAUUUAAGACCUAUAUCACUCACAGCUCAGGUAUCUAAAGUGAUGGAAGGAUUUAUGCUACAGUCCCUCAUGUCGGAAGUGGGUCUUAAAUUGGACCCAAAGCAAUUUGCUCUUCCGGGAAAGUCAACCACUCAGGCACUCGUUUAUCUCCUCCACUUGAUUCAUGCUGCUUUAGAUCAAGGCCACUGCUCUGUAAGAAUCUUUUUUGCUGAUUUCAAAAAAGGUUUUGAUCUCGUCGACCAUAUUGUCAUUAUUGAUGAACUUUUUAAAUUACAAGUGAGUCCUGCCAUUAUAAGAUGGAUAAAGUCAUUCCUUACCUCCCGCGAACAGUGUGUUAAAAUCGGACCAUCCUUUUCCUCAUGGAAACCCGUUAACGGUGGCCUACCUCAAGGAACUAAACUUGGCCCUCUUCUCUUUGCCAUUUUAGUCAAUUCCCUCCUACAGGACUGGAAUGGGCGGAUAAAGUUUGUAGACGAUGCUACUGCACUAGAAAUUGUUCCACGUUGCUAUCCUAGCUUGCUACCUAUUCUCGUAAAUGAUGUAUCUCAGUAUGCCUCAAGUAGAGGAAUGAAGCUUAACAGUAAGAAAUGUAAGGAGAUGACAAUAUCCUUCCUCCAAUACCACCUUCCACUUGAUAAUGCGAUUUAUAUAGAUGGUUCGCCAGUGCAAUCAGUAUCCUCCUUUAAACUGCUCGGUGUGCUACUGAGAGAGGAUCUAUCUUGGUGUGAUCAUGUCGACUAUGUGAUUAAAAAAGCAAAUUCCAGACUCUAUGCAUUGCGGAAGUUAAAAAAGGCUGGGUUAAGCGAUAAAGACCUUGUCACUAUAUAUUCCUCCUUCAUUCGGUCCCGAAUUGAGUACGCCUCACCUGCGUGGUCAACGCUGACUCAAGGCCAGUCUGACCUUAUCGAAUCAAUACAGAGAAGAGCAUUACGUAUCUUGCUUCCCGAAAUGUCGUAUCAAGACGCAUUGAAUUAUACUGGUCUACGCGUAGACAUAAUUCCUGUGAACAAUUUAUUCGGAAAUUGAAGCUUGACAAUGGUCCUAUAAAUCCUCUUAAGGAUGUUGUUGCAACUCGUAUACAUCCAAAUACUCAUAAUUAUAAUCUUAGGUCCGAAUCAAGCUGGUCACUCCAAACGAACACAGAACGGUUUCAAAAUUUUAUAACUGUCAAAUAUAAUUAUUAAUGUAUUAUUGAUUUAGUAGUACUCGUGUAUAUUAAUUCAGGGACCCAAUUAUAAUUUGUGGACAGAUUUAAACUGACUAUUCAGAACGAACAUUGAACGGUUUGAACUCAAUUUUAUCUGUAAAUUUAAUUUUUAAUGUAUUUACUUAUAAUCAUGUAAUUCAGUAGAGACUGCAAUGUGAUUAAUUAAACAGAUUAUUAUUAUUAUUAUUAUUAUUAUUAUUAUAAGAUUACAUAACUCAAAAUGAUUCGAGCAAAACCGAUCUUUUGUUAAAAGGAAGAAUGGUUAAUAGAAAUUGGUCCUUUUGAGUGACAUAAUCGUGUAUCGUCAUCGAUCCGUAUCGUUGAACAAUGAAAAAAUUUGUUGUGAAAUCAGUGAAGAUAAAAUAGCAUUUUGUGAAAAAACUGCGGGUCUACGGAGUGGGAACUUUUCGGAUUUGAAAUCAUCGUGUUCGAAAGUGUUAGUUCCCGUAAAAAUAUUUCAGAUCUAAGACAUGCUUAAUGAAAGUGAACGAUAUCGGGUCACAACACACGGACUAAAAUGAAGAAAGUACGUAUGAAUGGAAUCGAGUUGCAAAAAUUAAUGCUUGAAUUGUUUCAAAAUAAUUUACGUGCAUUGCAUUUGUUUAGAUUCGCGUCCAACUUUAAGCACAACGAAAGUGGAUACCAAAAGCAACAAUGGCAUACUUAGUGAACUGGACAAAGAGGCAAGAAAAUUUAUAAACAUUAUGUAGUUUUAUAAAUAUUAUUUAUGCAUAUUAUUUUGAGCUCCUAAGUCAUUAAUUCCAAGAAUGGAUCGGAUUACAUCUCCUAAAACAUUCUUAACUUUAAGAGAACUAAUAGUCAAAUUAAGUAUUUUGAUCAAGAAAUUAAUGUGCUCCCCUCAGUCCGACCAUCGAGACCGCAAAGUUUUCUACUUUUUUUGUUUGAUUAUUUUUUCCCUAUGUACAAAAUUGCAUAACCGAACAUUUCAGAUAAUAUUUACAAGUAGAGCCCUAAUAGAAAUCUUAACAGGCUUUUAUCAAGCCCUUUAUUGUUAUAUUCAGUAUAUAUUACAUAUUGAAAUUACUUCUUAACUAUACAGUGAAAUGAAAUAAAGGAAAGAAAUUUUUAUAGUACAGCAUAUAAUGUUUACAAUGUUUUAGUAAAGAAGUUGUGCAGAUUUAAUACAAUAUGGAGAUGAAAAUGUUAGCUAUUAUAUAUGACGAGACAUAUUGUCCUAUAUAUAUGCAUUUGAAAUGCAUGCAAUAUUCCAAGAUACUAUAUUUACAAUAAUGAUUUAUAUGUUUUAGUUUGUCUUAUGAGCCUAUUGAGUCUAUAACUAGUUAACUACUUUUCUUAAAAAAUUCUGUAAGUUGUUUUUCCGGAAUGUGCAAUAAGAGUUAUUAUAAUGUAUUCUAAACUCGAUGUCAAUUUAUUUCAUACAGCAACUCCUUUGAUGGAAAGAGUAUAUAUGUUUCACAGAAUUCGCCAUUAUGUAAUGGAGUUUUGAUGAAUUUCUUGUGUCAUGAUGGUGUAUUUCAUUGUUUGUGAUAAAAUAAUUAUAAAAAACCUGUUGUAAAAUUUUAAGAUGAUGAUACCGAAACAUAAAUGAAUGAUUAUUGGGGGAGGAGGGAGGGAGAAUGCUCCCAGAAAAGUUUCAAAGAUUUAAAUCCUCAGAAAGGCCGGAAAUGCAAUCAGUAAAAUUUGGCUUUCUUAACUUGCUUUCCUUUUUAACUUCCACAUUUGUCUGUCAAUGCUGUUAUAGUUUACCUGAAAAUCCGUUUGAAUUACCUAUAGAAGUUUACCUGAAAUUACUCAUGAACAAAUAGUAUACGGGACAAAUACUUUACUACCUCCAUGAUCCGGGCGUGGUUUGGGCGUGGUCGGGGCUUAACUCAAAAGGCUUAACUCGAAGGGCUUAACUCGAAGAUUACCUACCUCCUUAAUUUUCAGGUCGAUGAUCUCUAUCGUGAAAAUGUAUCAGAUGAAGACCGAAAAAAGGUCGCUAAAGAAGUUAUCGACGAUCUGUUAAACCUAACAAACCUUGAUAAGAUGGACAAAGAACAAAGAGAAAAUGGAAUAGACCCACAAAAUAUUACUAUUAUAGCCAGAAUACUCCAACAAAUCGUUCAUCUAAAUAUUUCUGAUGACAAUCUUAACAUAUUGGGUCCAGCAAGCAAUAUAUUGGAUAUUAGGAAUACAAAAUCAUGGAGAAACUUGACG